AUGGCCUCUCCACCACCAGCAGGUGUCUACGUCCCAGUCCCAACCUUCUUCAUCUCUAAAUCAGCCUCGAACUAUAACGCAACAGCUGCUCCCCUCGACCUCGCAACUCAAUCCGCACACUCCCUCCACCUCGCCAAAUCCGGAAUCACGGGUCUCGUCGUUCUCGGUAGUACGGGAGAAGCAGUUCAUCUCACCAACAAAGAAAGAUUCGAAGUUCUCUCCUCAAUACGAAAGACCUAUGACGAGAAUGGAUUCCCGGAUUACCCAAUAAUUGCAGGCACGGCAGCGCAGAAUAUCGAAGAGGUAGUUGAUCAGUUGAAGAGUGCGAAGGAGGCGGGAAGUCAAUGGGGAUUAUGUCUUGUUCCGGGAUAUUUUUCGGGUGCUAGUACGCAGGAGGGAAUUAUUCAGUGGUUUGGAGCGGUUGCUGAUCAGAGUCCUAUUCCGGUUAUGGUGUAUGUAUCCCACUUCUCUUACCUGUAAAUCGCAUUUGAUGUUUACACAUUUGAAGUAGGUGAGCUAAUGAACUUUUGAGCAGAUACCAUUACCCAGGCGUCUCCAACAACGUCAAAGUCCUCCCUUCAACCUACGCAACCCUCUCCCAACAUCCUAACAUUGUAGGCUGCAAACUCUCGCACGGCGACGUCUCCUACCAUGCCCAAAUUGCCUGCUCCCCUAAAAUCGAUCACACAAAGUUUCAUUCCUUCACUGGUCUAGGCCAGCAACUCCUUCCGGUCAUCGCCCUCGGUUGCGCAGGCACCAUCGACGGCUCCGCAGGUUUCUUCCCGAAAUCCGUGGUUCACUUGUACAAAUUGAGUGUCAAAGACACACCCACACCCGAAGAGGUCCAAGAGCGCAGAUUGCUGCAGUAUAAAGUUAGUUCGGUGGAGGAGAUCGUUGUUAAGUUUGGCACCGUGGGGAUUAAGGAGGCGAUUAGUAGACUUCUUGGAAUGGGUGAUAGGGAGGGGACGAGGGUUCCACUUGUGGGGGGGAUUCCGGGAGGUGAUCAGGAGUGGGAGAACUGGAAGGAGGUUAUUGGUGAUUUGGAGGCGGUGGAGAAGAGUUUGUGA